CCGUUGCUUCUUCUUCCCUCCCGCCUCCUCAUCACACUCCAGCAUAGCCGCGCGCCUCUACGAUGUGUUUGUAGCCCAGCGUGAUUAAAGUCAUACCGUAAUAUUAAAAAUAGUUGUGUAUCUGGCUUUCACCACUGCCUCCUCGUCCGUUUGGCUUAACAGACUCUUGUGUUCCCAGCACCGGGUCCUCCUCGGGGAGAAAACGCGCCUACUUGGGCUCCAGUGCGGAAAAAAAGAAAGAAGAGGUGGACAACAGGACUGAGCUAAGUCGGGCGUGGUAGCAAGAAAAAACUCAUCUUUGUUAGCAAAAACUUCCGAAAGAAGCACCAUAAUGUCGCUGUCGGUACCGCAGAACGGAGUAAAGUCAGACGACGAGCCCGUUAUCGAGCUGUUUGUGAAGGCAGGAAGUGAUGGCGAGAGCAUCGGAAACUGCCCCUUCUCCCAGAGGCUCUUCAUGAUCCUGUGGCUUAAAGGAGUCGUCUUCAACGUCACCACAGUGGACCUCAAGAGGAAGCCAGCCGACCUCCAGAACCUGGCCCCGGGCACACACCCCCCCUUCAUCACCUUCAACGGCGAGGUCAAAACUGACGUCAACAAGAUCGAGGAGUUUCUUGAGGAUGUCCUCUCCCCACCCAAGUACAUCAAGCUUGGUGCCAGACACCCAGAGUCAAACACAGCUGGGAUGGACAUCUUCGCCAAGUUUUCAGCAUUCAUUAAGAACUCCAAACCAGAUGCAAAUGAGGGUCUGGAGCGCGGCCUCAUGAAGACGCUGCAGAAGCUGGACGAGUAUCUUUCGUCACCGCUGCCCGACGAGAUCGACCACAACAGCAGCGAGGACGUCAAGGUCUCCAGCCGCAAGUUCCUGGACGGGGAUGAGAUGACCCUGGCCGACUGUAACCUGCUGCCAAAGCUGCACAUAGUCAAGGUGGUGGCCAAUAAGUACAGAGGCUUUGAAAUCCCCAAAGAGAUGAGCUCCAUCUGGAAGUACCUGAACAUCGCCUACACGCGCGAAGAGUUCACCAACACCUGCCCCAGCGACAAAGAGAUCGAGAUCGCCUACGGAGACGUAGCCAAGAGGCUGGUCAAAUAAGCUCCCGUGUCCAUCCAUCCCUCACCCCUAACCCCCCCCCCCCUCUCUCUCACACCCUCCACCCCGGGACUGAUGUGCUCAUUCACGAGAAAGAAAUAACUUUGGACUUCUUUUCCUUCUCUCAUCUAAAGCGAAGCCCAAUGCAUGAACCGUUCUCAAUCCCUUUUUUUUUCUUUCUCCGAAGACCUACUUUUUUUGUUGAUUCAGCAAAAGUCCACGGUUGUUCCGUCCUUAAUUUACUUUUGUUUUUCAUAGGCCGAUGAAUGUUGCUCGGCCACGUGAGAAGCAGCCAGACAUGUGUAUUAGCGCUUAUCAAUAUAUAAUUGACCUUCGAGGUGACCUUCCCUCUGGAGCAGGGGGAAGGUCACAAGCUGUUGUUAAUUUCCUGUUGUCUGUUUAAUAUUGAAAUGGCUCUUUCUAGGAUUGCUUUAGGAUGAACACUGAGAAGCAGUUUUCCCGGUCUUUUGGCUUACUAAGAGGCAUUGUAAACAGUGUUUUUUUUCUACGCUCAAGUAUUUGACAAGUAGAAGCAAAUCCAAACCAGAGUGGUUGGCAUAUCAAGUGAGAGACGCUUUAUUUUAAUGUUGAGCGACUCAACUCAAUCAAAGAUAAUUGUAACUGCAGGUAAAGCUACCUGGUAUCCAUGCUCUGAUUUCCUCAUUGCCUCAAAUUGGCAAAAGUCUUGUAGCUCAGCUCUGGAGAAUUGGAGGGAAUCUCCUGUACGUGCUGCAGGAAUCGGGAUAAAUCUAACCUGAGGUGAAGAAAUAAUCAACCCCAUGUAGCUUACAGAUAUCUAAGGUGUAGAUGUCCAGACAUAGCAAAGCUCUUUGACUCGUCUUCUCUUGUGAAGCAUGAAGGAAAGUCGUGCUGACUGUAGCCGUAGUUUGGAUUACACAUGGAGGAGCAAAAAGGGCACAUUAUACUGGUCUCACUGUGGAUGAAAUGACUCCGGCUAUGUAAAAAAAGAUCCACACACUCUGUUUCCUUCUCCAUAGCAUACAGAAUGAAGGACACUAAUGUGCAGUCAGUAAAAGGCGGCACAAAACAUAUUUAUGUCAAAAGAGGAGAGUAGCAAUGAAACGAAUACCUGUCUCUUCAGUAUGUAGAUCUCUGUGGUAGUGAAUGUAUGUGAUGAUACAGUAGCUCCAAAAGUGCUUUAAUGCGGAUUAAGCAAAAACAUGUUUUGUUUUCUCUCAUUUGCCAUGUUUUUUCAGACAUUUUGUUAUUAAACAAAUUUGAUUACAAAAAAAAGGAAUUGUAAAUAUUUGUUUUGCUCGCUCAGAAUUCAAUGCGUACAUUUUAUACAUUUCAUCUGAAUUUUGAGGGGAACAAGCUCAUUUCUUGCUUGCUUGGAAUUGAAUUCAAACCAUCUCCUCUUGCCUUACCUGUUUUUCUUUACAACAUGAUGUUGUACAAAGAAAAUAUACAAGCUAUGUCAUGGAUUUUUAUUUUUCUUAACAAUAUUGACUGAAUUUAAAUAAACUUCUUGGCACUCUGA